CGAAAGUGACGUCAAUGUUUGUGCUGCUGGCAGAAUACUAGUUCAUCUUCGAGACUGCCUGGUUUGAUUUCUACAUAUUUUUUAGCUGUUUAGUUCUAUGUUUUAGUUUAUUUCGCUUAAUAGCAGAUCACCAUGUCGGUGGCGUUUGCACCUCAUAGACAACGUGCAAAGGGUGAUAUAACACCCACUGGAAUUCAAAAGUUACUGGAUGAAAACAAUCAGCUGAUUCAAUGUAUAAUGGACUUCCAGAGCAAAGGAAAGACAGCAGAAUGUUCACAGUACCAGCAGAUGCUCCACAGAAAUUUAGUUUACCUGGCCACAAUAGCAGACUCCAAUCAGAACAUGCAAUCUCUGCUCCCUGCUAAGUGUGACUCCCCUACUCCCCCAGAGGUAAAGCUUGAACCUCCUACUCAGAACAUGCCCAUGGGCCCUGGUGGGAUGAACCAGAGCGGCGCGCCGGGCCCCCAGCCCCCCCACGGACACAACAUGGCCUCUGAGGGCAUGGUCAGUGGCGGACCCCCAGCCCCACACAUGCAGAGCCAGAUGAACGGGCAGAUGCCUGGGCCUAAUCACAUGCCCAUGCAGGGCCCUGGGCCGGGUCCAAACCAGCCCCCCAACAUGCCGGGCAGCGGCUCCAUGAACAUGCCCCCCAGCAGCCAUGGCUCUAUGGGCGGCUACAACCACGCUGUGCCCUCCUCUCAGGGCAUGCCUGCCCAAGGCCAGAUGAACAUGACCCAAGGACCCAUGGGUAACUACGGCCCCCGGCCCAACAUGAACAUGCAGCCUAACCAAGGCCCCAUGAUGCACCAGCAGCCUCCCUCCCAGCAGUACAACAUACCCCCUGGAGGUGGCGGGCAGCACUACCAGGGCCAGCAGAACCCCAUGGGCAUGAUGGGCCAGGGGAACCACGUGAUGGGGCAAAGGCCCAUGCCCCCUUACAGACCCCCACAGCAAGGACCCCCUCAGCAGUACCCAGGGCAGGAAGACUACUAUGGGGACCAGUACAGUCACGCAGGACAGGGAGCCUCAGAAGGUGGUUUACUACAGCCACCGUUCCCUGAUCAAGGCUUUGAUCCCUCAGAACAAUACUACCAAGGAGAGCGAGACCCAGCAGCCAACCAACAGUCCCCCUAUGAAAAAGAUAAUGGUAAUGCCCAGUAUGGCCAGCAGCAGGAGGCCUACCAGCAAGGUCCUCCCCAGCAGCAGGGCUACCCACCACAGCAGCAGUACCCCGGACAGCAAGGCUACCCUGGACCGCAACAGGGCUACGGUCCGUCCCAGGGAGCCCCAGGCCAGUACCCCCAGGGUUACCCCCAGGGCCAGGGGCAGCAGUACGGAGCCUACCGGGGCCCCCAGCCCGGCCCCCCUCAGGCCCAGCAGCAACGCCCAUACCCAGGCUAUGAUCAGGGUCAAUAUGGAAAUUACCAGCAAUGAAAGAUGGUCAUGGCAGUCAGUCAGUCACCAAGAGCCCUGCUCUGACCUCUAACCUCUGACCUCUGUACAACUGUUAUCUGGACUUUUAUAACGGCUGCAGACACACACACACACACACACACUUUGCCCUUUGUAUCCCCUAUGUCUGGGCCUUAUGUAAUGAGAUGAUUGUGUUCACUUCCAUUUCUCCCCUUCUGGUCUGAGUUAAUAGUCUCAAAGCAGCAUUGCCUUAAAACCAAACAGAGCUGCCUUAUCCAGAGCACUGCAGAUUGCGAAAAGGGCAAAAAAUUACACGUAAAAUUGAUUUUGUCUAUAUCACAGAGGACAGAAGUGUACAGAACUGAACUUCACACUCUUGUAGGGCAAUGUUUCUCCAUCCAAUAGCUCCCUGUUCAUAAGAAGCAAUAAUGCCAAUGGGAAGUGGAGGGGUGGGACGAGGAUGGAGUGAGGAGAUUUUACACCAGAAACAAAAUUCUGUAAGGCUAUGUUUUUUGUCAAGGUCAACAUAUGUGAUGAUGACGUAAACAUGUAUGUUAUGCUUUUUAGAUGGAGCUAAUUUUGUAUAAGAAUUUGGAGUACUGUUGAAUAUUGUUUCUUUUUUCCUCCUGAAGUGUUAUGUCUCUUGAUGUAAGCUGUGAUUAACAUUGUUUUCAUCUGCUAUUUUGUUUGUUCUUUGUACCCCCUGAUUUCCCUUUGCUUCUUCAAUGACCUGUACAUUGAAUAUGUGCUUGGGGUGAACAAAUCGGAGGCUUUGGUUUUAUGAAUGGAUUGUACAUAGAAAGCCCUCAAACAAACUGAGAACACCUAUCUGUGUUGGAGCAUCAGUGGUGAAACAUUAUUUCUUUGGGAAACAGAACAUGACCUGUGAGUGGGGCUGUAUUCUGACUUUGAGAUCUACAGUAUGUGUGUAACUAGGGUUGCAAAGCUACCGGUAAUUUACCAAAGUUACCGGAAUAUUGCGUAAUUUUAGUAAUUAACAGAAUUUAUUGUAACUUUGGUAAUACUUGAAUAACUUUUAAAAACUGUAUUCGUUUAUAGUGUUCAUUUAUUAUAUCUGUGACCAUAUUGUCCAUGAGUUUUAUAUUAGAUAGUAGGGCGGCAGGUAGCGCGUUGUGCUAGUAACCGAAGGGUUGCUGGUUUGAAUACCUGAGCCGACAAGGUGAAAAAUCUGCCUACUUGCCCUUGAGCAAGGCACUUAACCCUAAUUUGCUCCAGGAACACCAUGGCUGACCAUGUCAAACACCACAUUUCUCUGGACUUAUCUGGUGUAUGACAUUUUUUUAUUUUACCAUAUUUUUCAAGAGAAAAUAACCUAAUUAAUGACAAAAAGCAUCUAAUCAACAAUUACAUUAUUUUUUCACUAAUCUAAUGAUUUACUUUUUUCACAACUGCCACCAGUUUGAUGCCCAAACAUUAAUCAAACAUAUUGACAUAAAAUAAAUAAAAGUUCGUAAAAAGGAAAUUUCAUGCUGAAACCCUCAUAUUAAACACCAAUGAAUGGUAUUCAUUUAGUUUAUCUAUAUUUAGAAUUGUUUAACAGCUUUGUCAUAUGUUUUUUAACUCUACGGGAUCGGUGUCCCUAAACCGGGACGGUUGUUGCUAACGUGCGCUAAUGUGACUAGAAUGACGUUGUAAGUAACAGCCAACUUUCCAGGACAUAGACAUGUCUUAUAUGGGCAGAAACCUUAAAUUCUUGUUAAUCUAACUGCAGUCCAAUUUACAGUAGCUAUUACAAUGAAAAAAUACCAUGCUAUUAUUUGGGGAGUGCACAACAACAAAACACUUAUGGCAACUGGUUUGAUACAUUCACCUCUGAAGGUAAAUCAUGUACUUACAUUUAGUAAGCUUGCUCUGAUUUGUCAUCCUGAGGGUCUGAGAGAUAAAAUGUAGUAUAGUUUUGUUUGAUAAAAUACAUUUUUAUAUUCAAAUGUGGGGACUGGGUUCUGUCUCUGGCCCCGCACACACCCCGCCCGGCCAUCUAGAUGUGUGAAGGUUAGUGUUUUUAUUCUGUAGAGAAGCUAAUUAUCCAUCAUGUAUGACAUUCCUGGAUGUGUGUAAACUUUAAUUUUUUAUUACCAUAGCAUUUUUGUGUGUUCUCUGUAGUUAUGUACUUGAAAAUGACCAAUUCGGCACAUUUGUGCAAACUCCUGGCAGACUUGAUACAAAAUAUAGUGUACUAAUGUAAUGCUUCACCGGAUCAGUCUGAAACUUUUCACACACACUGCUGCCACCCGGUGGCCAAAAUCUAAAUUAUACCUAAACUCCUAUAUGAAUGUAUGGCCUUUUUCUUGCAUUUCAAAGACGAUGGAACAAUUAUAAUUUUCUGAAAACGCAUGUUUUUUUGUUUAUCUUUUACCAGAUCUAAUGUGUCAUUCUUCUACAUUAAUUUCACAUUUUCACAAACUUCAAAGUGUUUCCUUUCAACUGGUAUCAAUAAUAUGCAUAUCCUUGGUUCAGGUCCUGAGCUACAGGCCGUUAGAUUUGGGUAUGUCAUUUAAGGUGGAAAUUUAAAGAAAAUAGGCCGAUCCUCAUCUGAUAAAAAUAUUUUACAUGUUAUUACCCACACAGAGGGCCAGAGAUUAUUAGACACUUGUCAUAAUCUGAAUUACACAAAUGGGCCACUAGAUGUCUUCUGACAGAUUGUUAAAAAAAAGUCUGGUCGUUUACAGGUCAUCUUUGAAUGUUUCAAGUAAUACACCCUCCCUUUGCAAACCUAUGUGUAACACAAAGCACUGAGCCCAUAUUCAUAAAGUGUCUCAGAUUAGGACAGCUGAAUUGGGAUCAGUUUCGCCUUUUAGAUAACAUGUAAGAAUAAAUAGAUGGGGAGACCUGAUCCUAGAUCAGCACUCCUACUCUGAGACGGUUUAUUAAUAGGGCCCCUGAAUGCUUACAGUACCCCCUGCUUCUCCUAAAAGUUUAAUUUAGAAGCAUGUAUCUUAUGGGCUUGGCGCUUCAGUGUGCUCUGUUAUUGACAGCUGGAUAAGAGGUGAAUUCAGUUGGGGGAUAUUCCAAACAUGUCUAAUGUGCAUCGGACACAGCUCUCUGGAGAAUAGUGUCUGCUCGAUACAUUACAUUUUUAUCUGCAACUUUCUGAACAUUUUGCCCGUGCUUAAUAUUCCCAUAAUGGGUCUGAGGGAGUGCAUUGACCACAGACUGUCCGGUCAGACUGUCGUACAUUCAGUAUGUUCAGCCCCACAUAAGCUUGUUUCAGACCGAAUGAGUCGUCUUUACAAUGUUGGAAGACAUUUCUCCCCUGAAUAAACUUUUAUGUUUUUGUCAUUUAAGAAAAUGUAAUGUUGUACGUUAACCACCAACAGAAUAAUAUGAGUUAUGGAGUAUAACGUAAGUAACCACCAACAGAAUAAUACGAGUUAUGUGGAGUAUAACAUAAAAGUGUUACGUUAUACUCUAAACUGAGUGUCUUGCUGUAGUGAUUUGAGAUACAUUUCCUAUGAUGUCAUGCAACAUUUCACUCUUGUACAGACUGUGGUUGUGUUAUUUUAUGAAACCUUGGGCUUGAUAUACAUUUGUACAAUAUGCAUACAUCAUGCACAUAUUAUAGAGAAGAUAGAAGUAUGGUGAUUGGUUUCCAGUCACCCUCAAAGAUACUAACCUUGGUAUGCUUUAGUACAUACCUUGUAAUUAAUGUUUUGUUUUUCAUUUACCCUGUAGCCAACAUGAUGUUACUGUAAGUGUCAUUGUGAUGUGAAACUGUACAGUAUGUCACUGAAAAAACUGCAACAAUAAAUAGCUUGAAUUUUUUUUAA